AUGUCGCCUAAAGAAGGCUCUUCGAAACGCAAAGUAGCUGGUCGCAAAACACUCCAUACGAUACGUGCUUGCUUGUAUAUCUUGAUGAUUAUUUCGAUCAUCUGCGGAGCUGUCGCAGGAUAUCUAUUUAGCUCAGGAACUGUUGCGCCGCUCGUUGGCGCAACUGGACUGCUUUUACUUCUUCCAUCCGCGCUCACCCUGUGUUAUGCUGUUCUCCAUACGAUCGCAGGUCGAUGGCGGAAAGAAUUCCAGUUCUCCCAGAAGAAGCCAAAGCGAACUGGUCUCCAGUCAGCAUGCUUUAUUAUUGCUCGAUUUGUGACAGCACUCUGGCUCACCACGGCCGUCGCAGAAAUUAUUGUUGCUGCAACGAUGCCCAUGUGUCUUGCAGCCAAGAGCAAUCGCAACUUUUGGGCUGCAGGUAAAGCAUGUGCUCUGCACCGGCUCGUUGUUAUUGGAUCUGGCAUUGCAUUCCUGAUAUCGUCGGCGCUUCUUUGCGCGCUUGAAGUGAGCGAGCGACCAUUUGACGCUCAUUUUUUCGGUCUCACCGGUCCGCGGCGCCCGAAAUAUGAUCCUUCGACGGGUCCUAUGCUCUCUGGACCAUUCACACAAGAUGAGAUAUUCGCAAGCAUCAAUGCUGAAGUGGCAAAAUCUCAACAUGAAUCCCCCGAGCAGCAGCAGCAGAUUCAUCAGUACGAAUAUCAUGGGUACCAGUCUGCCCCAGUACAUGGGUAUCCGCAUGCAGUCCAGUACCACCAUGGACAACAGCAAGUGCAUGGGUCGCCGGUACCACGGCUGCAACCUGUCAUGGAGGAGGAAAGAGAUUUGGAGCGCGGAUUGACCAUGGCCGGUGCCUGGCCAGAAGAAGAGGACGACGACGACCUUGAAGUUGGAAAUGCCUCAGAGCAGGCUCCUGCAGUAACAUUGCCACCUCAUGUACACUUUCAGCAGCCGGCAAAGCAGAGUCACCCCCAAAGACAGGGCAGCACUUCACAGCGAACACCCAGUUGGGGUUCAGCAUGGACAGGCGUCAUUGGAAAGCCUAGUCGCAGCCAAACUCCUCACACUCGUAUAUUACUUCCACAGAAACCUCCGGCGGCGCAUGCUAGUCCACAUGCAACAAAGUAUAUUUACGAAUAUACCACAGCCAAUGCGACGACUCAAACAGAUACUCCACCCGAGCCUCGUCCUGCAUCGCGAGCGCGCGCUGCUGGAGACAGUCCAGUCAAAUAUGUCUAUGCAUCCAAAGCGUCACCAACCUCGUCAUCAACAUAUUCUUUGUCUUCAAAUUCAUCUUCUUCAUCCGCCACGUUUGCCACAUCUCUCUCAACGGCUGAAACGCCUUCUUCAAAGGGCACACUCGCUACCGAUAUCACAACUGCGUGUGCCGCGUGUGCAUGCUCAAAAUGCACAGCCUACAUUGCAGCAGCUACCACUCGAGCGCCUUCAGCUGCCGGGACUGUCGUGUCAGCCGCUACAGGAACGACAUUGACAAAUAACGGAAAUGGCAGCACAACGAAUGUUACCGGAAGUACAGCGGUAUCUUCUUCAUCUUCGUCAUCAUCAUCCAAUUCUUCCUCACCAUUGAACGAGCAUAACGCUGCAACCACAAACCCGAGCAGCAUUGCGUCAGAUGAUAUGAUGAAGCCGCAAUACGUCUCGACCUCGGUGCAGGCACGACUUCCUACUCCUUCUCCUCAUCCUCCCACUUCUGCUUCGUUUGUCUCCGAUCCAUUACAAGAUACUCGUCAUCAUCACCAACACCAGGAGCAAUACCAGCAAUGCGCACAGCAGCAUCUUUAUCAAUACAAUCAAUACCGCCAACACCAACAGGAAUCUUACGCAAGGCAAUACCUCGCCGCGAUCCAGCACCCUUACGCUUCCAUGGCUCCAUCUGCUCCUCGUUCUCCCUCCCCUACUCCACCCGCCACGCCCAUUAUCGUGGUUCCUCCUCCUCGAAAACUCAACAUCCUCAAUCAUCCUCUGCCACCAACGCCGCCUACUCGGUGCUCGUCAACCCCACUGGUAGUAGCCGAAGACUACUCUGAGUCUCCACUCCCAGCUGCACUCGCAGUAGGUGGAUCAUCGACGGUAUACAGAUCAGCAUCCGGGCCCGUUUCAAACCACACACGCGCCACACAUAAUGAGUCGCACCACAGGAAACCAGUGCCCCUGCAAAACCCCGUGGCAGUGCCUGUGCCCGUCCCCGUCCCUGUCCCCGUAGUUUUACCAAGUACUCCUCCACCACUCCACACGGCCGCCUCCGAAGCCCCAGCUGCAGCCGCACCAGGCCACACUCACAACGGCCGUGUCGUCGUUGGCGGGCCUAGACCACUAGCCACCACCUCGACGUCUCCGGUCGGACACGUGCGGCGAGACAAACGAUUCCGACGUCCCAGGAGUGUCCGAGCAUUGUCAAGGACACCAUCGCCUAGACGCCGUCGAAGCCGCGACGGAAAAGUUUCUACCGCCGUUGGUCCUGUCUUCUCUGGCCCUCGUCCUGGUCCUCCUUCUGGUGCUGUCAAUGCCGGUCAUGUCACCGCCUCUCUAUCGCCCGUUCCUCUAACAAUCCACAAACUACGCACGUCGCCUGGCCCUCGACCUAUGCCUUAUAAGAAUGUCAAGUCUCGUCUUGGCCAUCUUCAUCCUCAUAUCCAUAUGCAUCACCAUCAUCCUCAUCUCCAUAUGCAUCAUCAUCGGCAAGAGCAGAAGCAGCACGACCGUCAGCAGCAGCGAUACAAGCGCUACAGUGCAGGCGCCGGUCUCGCUGCUGGUGCUAUUGCUGGUGGCGGUGCUGGUGCGGGUCCCGGCAUCCCCAGUACCGGUGGGGCUAGACACGUGGCUACAGUGGCCGGCGCAGGCGGAUUCGAAGGGAUAAGCAGCGCGCAGCUCAACGCGUUGGGUAUUUCCAUUGUUUGA